AUGGCCAUCCACAUAGAAGUUCCUGGUAACUUUGGGCAGGGUGAGCUCAAUGCCGUCCAUCUCCGGAGUGAGAACGAUCUGGCACCCCAGUCGGGAGUUCUCUUGAAGCAUGGCCGCCAUGUCCAGCAUGUCAUCCUCCCUGGCAAACGAGAUAUCGGAGCCCUCACCUUCCAGUUCAAUGCCAUGUUUGUGAGCCAGAUAAAGGAUGUUAUCACCCACUCUGGCCUUAACUGGGAUCCUCUGACCAGUCCGCUCACUAGUCUGUACAGAGGACACGUGCUACAGUCCGGGAUACUUCGGGAAAGCCUCAAAGUCAGCCCCAUGCUCGACCGGACUGCAGCGGACGCCGCCAUGACUCUGUUUUGGUCACGUGCCCGAAAACAGCCAAUCGGGGAAAAAAGCGAAAUCAAAUGGCGCUGCUACCUCAACUUGGAAAAGAAAAAUGCCCGUUUAGACAACUGCCGGGAGAUUAAUGUGGAUAAGAAAUCUGAUGCAGGCAAGCAAGAGGAAACUAUCCCAUGCUCCUAUUUUGGGUUUUACUUGGACCGUCUACUGAAGAGAAGAAUGAUAAAGAAAAAGUGGCAGAGGGAGGUCAAAGGCUUGGUGGGUCACGGAGGCGUAACAAAUCGUGUCAACAAACCCAAACAGACCGAGGAGGCCCCGCCGAUUGUGGAUACGUUUUUUAUGUUUCUCAGUUAUUCAGAUGUGGUGGCUGGCCUGAUUUGGGGACCUUAUCACUGGAGUGGGACUGAGAACUGUCUGGUGAUAGAUUGCAGGGGGAGAGUCAGUGUGUCUGGGACCUGUAACCAGGACGAACUCAAGAGCACCGUCUUCUGGCGAAAAUAAACAUCUCUGGGGAAUCUGUUGGAUUUCUCUGUACCAUCUUCAUGUCAUCCCUGCAUUUGUUUAAGGACCCAGAGCUUUCUUUUUGUAUACUUUUCAUAAAUUCUUCAAAAUGACUGUAUAGCCACUGGCUGUAAGUAAAGUAGUUGAAAAACAACAUCCAACAUGGAGGCAUUAAGUUCUGCUUAUGCAGGAACUCCCCCUUCUGAAACAAUCUUCUCCACUUCGCCUACUUCUUCGUAUACUGGCUGUCUGCAGUUCUUUUGGGAGUACCAGAACAAAUCUGUCAUUACAGAGCAUUACAACUAUACCGGUAAGCUACGUAAAGAUCGCUACCGUGAAAGUCUGCCACCAGAGCGCAUUGCAUUCCUGGUGGUGUGCGUCCUCAUCAUCCUGGAGAAUGCUAUAGUUCUCCUCGCCAUAUGGAGGAACAAGAAAUUUCACAUACCUAUGUAUUACUUACUGGGAAACUUGACUCUGUCAGAUUUGCUGGCUGGGAUUACCUACAUGGCCAACAUCUUCACGUCAGGACAUUAUACUUUGAAACUGACCCCUUUGCUAUGGUUCCUCAGGGAAGGAGGGGUCUUCAUUACUCUGGCUGCCUCUGUUAUAAGCCUGCUUGCCAUUGCAAUCGAACGCCAUGUCACUAUGGUGACAAUGCGUCCAUACCAUGGGGCAAAACGGGGACGGAUGAUGGCACUGAUUGCUGCAAGUUGGGCUUUGGCAGUAUUUUUGGGCAUCCUCCCAAUUUUGGGGUGGAACUGCAUUCACAAACUAGACCAGUGUUCAACGGUCCUGCCGCUUUACGCCAAAAGCUACAUUAUCUUCUGCGUGUCGGUGUUCAUUGCAGUGCUCAUAGCUAUUGUGGUUCUUUAUGCCAGAGUGUUCCGCAUAGUUCGUGUCAAUACACAUCGCCAGCGACUGGGCUUGUCGGGGAGCAUGAGGAAGGGCUUGGCAAGGAAAUCGCAGAAGUACGUUGCCCUCCUCAAGACGGUAACCAUUGUUCUCGGGGUGUUCAUUGCUUGCUGGCUGCCCCUCUUCAUCCUCUUGCUCCUGGACUUUUUCUGCCCUGCUAAAACCUGCAAACUGCUCUACAAGGCUGACUACUUUCUCGGAGUGGCAAUGAUAAACUCACUACUCAACCCGAUCAUCUAUACCCUAACAAGUAAGGACAUGAGGAAAGCCAUUCUUAGGCUUUUGUGUCUGCCAUGUCUGAUGACCAAAGAUGGACAGGUGAAAAAGAUUGGGAUGUCAUUCCUGGAGUGCAGCUUCAGCAAAUCUGAGAUGGCGUCUCAGAGGUUAGAGGCUGGACUGGAGACCACCGUUUCUUCAGGGAACAUGGUCACCUCUACAUCACCGAUUAAAACUCUUUACCCAAAACUUUUUAAGUAAUAAGGACCUAAACUGUCUUUUGGAAUCUGAAAAAGGGUAAAAUGGUUCCGCACUGAACACAUGUACACAAUAUAUGUAGCACAUCUUUUAAAGAGAGAAUGCAGCUGUGAGAUUCUUAUGUCUGAAACAAGGCAACAGACAUGGAUUGACUCUGUACAACAUGUGUGUGAAACUCAAAACAUGGAUUAAUGUCUAACUUUUGACAAACCAAAAGUAUUGGCUUAAGACAUUUUAUAAGACCACUAAAAAAGUUAAUGCCAAAGGGAUACCACUUUAAUGUGCAUUCAAACAAAUUAACCUUAUAAUGCUUGUCAUAAGUUUCCAUAAAAAAGAUGCACUGAAAGUAGGUUUCUAUAAACUUGCCAGUAUGAUACCAGACUUACUUGAGAAGAAAAGGUUUGGCUUCAUUUUAACUUUUUUUCUGUUACUUAUUGACGAGCAUUUGAGACAGAACUUGCCAUCUGUGAUGUGGGCAUCUGCAGACACCAGGAUUUUGCUGGUUCAAAGUACCGUGGUGCACUAAAUCUGUUUAGAUUAAAGAAAAAAUAACUAGAUCACCCUUCCACACGUAUGCAUAAGUGAUGUAGGGGGAAUCAAAGGGGAAACGAUAACAGGCGAGAAAAACACAGCUCAGAGAAUGUUGUGGUAUUGGUGUGGGUGAGAUGCAGCAAAAUGUAUGCUGUUUUGAAAUGUCAGUUUAUCUGUCUCUAAAAAGUGGGGGGGGUUCAUGAAUUUCCAAGUGUACCUCUUUCAACUGCAAUAGCACCACAUCAUCAAGAAAAGCAUCCAAAGGUCAACAUAUCAAACAAAUGCAAAUACAAAUAUUCCUUGUUUUCUUUUGAAGAUGACUGUUAGACUGUGACAAAAAGUAAAUCCUCUACUUGAUAUGAGAACAUAUCAAGAAAGUACAUUUCACCUUCAAAUUGCAGAUGCUACUUUGCUGCAAAAGAGAUUAAGAGGACAUGUUUAAUGUGUAAGUUAAAUUAGAUCAACAGUCCUAUAUAGCCAUUCCACAUGUAUCAUAACCAUUUUUAUACAGAGAGCAAGGUAUUUAUUUGUAGUAUGAAAUCAAGCUGACAGGAACAGAUUUUUUGUUCAGUCUUUAGUCUCCCAUCCUAGAUUGAUGAUACUACUUAUACUAAAAUUCUUGUAGUGAUCUUUUUGUAUUACUAAAGUGUUUUUAUAACAUUCAUAUCGUAAAUGGUAUCUUUUCAUAAUAAGCAAAGGCAAGUAUUAUCAUUCUUUUCAUAAAAGAAAUAAAAUAUUUUA